AUGGGGACGCGCGUCGCAGUGUCGUGGUGGAUGCCUGCGUUGAUAGCCUGGACUCUCGGGUGGUUAGCUCUCUCCAUCUUCGUAAUAUGGUCCACGCGGAAAGCGGCGCUCGAUCCGCUAAACGCGGACCUCACGUCGUGGUGCCUCGCGCGCGUGCGAUACCUGGAUCAAGAAAUCGCAUCGAACUUGAACCACGCUGAGGUGAACGUGGGGCUGAUCAAGGUGUUCAACGGGUUCGGCCCCAAGGCGCCGGACCUGGCGUACUGGGGGUACACGGGGUGCCUCAACAACCGGUCGUGGAUCAGAUACGCCGUGGAAACGCAGUACGCCAAGCCCUGGAUGACCAACGCCUGGCUCGCCUUCGUCGACGGGCAGGACAGGCCGAUGAUAGAGAAGUCGCUGGGGUGCCAGUUUCAGAGCAUCAACAGCCUGGAGGCGAAAGUGAGCGCGCGCAAGGACUGCUACGUGGUGAACCUGUUCCAGUUCAGCCCCUUCUACAACUGGCCGCAGUGCACUGAUUAUACAGAUCGCUUCGGCGAGGGCUGCAGCAACCUCAACACCAAGUGGAAGAGCCGCGGCAGCCCCCCGUACCGGUUCCGGAAUGGUGAUAUCGGAUUCAGUUUCGGCAUUCCAGUGUUGCGUCACCCAAUCGACGACAACGCCACGUCAGAGGAGGUUCUGGCAGCACUGGCGGGUUUCCUUGCGCCUGGCAUCGACGCCGAGGCGCUCAUAAAGCACACACUCUACUCUGUACUCGAUACAGGCAACUCGACCGCCAUGUCAUUCACAAUGUAUGACGUCACGAACGCGUCCAACCCGCUCAUGGUGUUCGGGGACACACAGCCCGCCACGGGCACCAACCCCAUCUACCCCAUGGUGCUGCCCGCGCCCAUCCCCCCGGGCGACAAGGUCGUGCAGCCCUUCCCCGACGACUUCAUCGGCCGCCGCUACGAGGGCCACUGCCGCUACCGCCACCCUCCGCCUCUCUGGGGCACUCUCCUCGCUCCCAUGCUCCUCGGGCUGCUGGUGCUUCUCGUAGCCAUCCUUCUGACGUUUAUCAUAGUGUCGCUUGCGCGGAAGAAGGCGAGGAUACGGCAGCAGAUGGCGGAGGUGGAGGAGUAUACGCUCGCGCUGGAGCAGGCGGAAAGGUCCAAGAGUGAAUUCGUCGCGAACCUGUCGCAUGAGCUGAGGACGCCUAUAACGGGGAUGCUAGGGAUGAUGGACUGGCUGUUGGAGUCGAGUCUGUCAGAGUGGCAGCACCGGGAUUUGCUUGAUGCAAAGACAUGUGCCGUGGAGGCUAUAGGGCUGCUCAACAGCGUGCUUGAUCUGGCCAAGCUGCAGGCGAAGCGGUUGGUGCUGGAGGCCUUCCCGUUCAGUCCCCACCAGUGUGCUGACCUGGCAGUGCGCGCCCUCAUGCCGGACGCCCACAAGAAGAACCUGCAGUUCAUGGUGAGGAUGCAUGCCAGUGUGCCGGAUGUGCUCAUAGGCGACCCCACCCGCGUGGGGCAGGUCAUGCGAGAACUCAUCAGCCACGCCAUCCGCAACACCGUGUCAGGUCGGGUAAUCCUCCACCUCUGGUGUGUGCCCGCUCCCGUGCCUGUCCAAGCCGUUGCCGAAUCGACCGAACCUGACCUGGAGGCCUGGAUCCAAGGCUUGGAGGUUAGGGGAGAGGACAAGGAGAUUGAAGGAGGCGUAGCGGGGGGCGUGUACGGUGGUAAAGUGGCUGCUACUGCUGCUGCAAACGAGGAUGCUUAUAUUGCGGAUGAACGGCAAAGGGAGGAACUAGUGGCUCGGAUGACGAGGUGUGGCAGUGCGGAAUGCUGUGGUGCUGCGGCUAGGGAUGCUGGUGGCAACAAUGGUUCUAGUAGUGAGGAUGCUACUAAUGGGGUUGCUGCUGCUGGUCGCAUUGGCUGUUUUGGCUGGAGACAGAGCAGCGGGCGGGAGAUGGGCGGCAGCGGGCGGGAGAUGGGCGGCAGGAGUGGAUUAUCAGAUGACUGCUGCAAAGCGAGCUUCAGAUACAGCCUGUCUCAGGUACUUGAGAUACAACCUGUCUCAGGAACUUGA